AUGUCCUGGACCACCAUCGAGCUCUCCAAUUACCCACCAAAGCUCACCCACCGAGACGUGAUCUUACUCUUUCAGGACUUCACGAUCUCGCCUGACUUUGCGCUACCCAACGUCAAGAACCUCGCUUAUCCGCUACGCACAUAUAUCAAGAUCACCGGAGAGGGGGAGGCCGAGCGCGCGGUACAAGAGCUGUGUUGGAGCAAGGUUGGCGGCCGCCAGAUCAACGUGAGGAUGGUUGAGAAGACGGGGCACGAGGAGAAGGAAGUCGCUGUUGCGGAUGUGGCUGAUGAGAUGAAGAUUGGUAUCCUCAAUACCGCGCGCGUCUACAACCCGCAUCUCGCCCUCAAGGUCCUCGAGAUCCGCGAAUGCAUGCAGGGUACAUCCAACUUCGCCUUUCUGCAGGCCCGCGAUGUGGUCACGGUUUACAGCGAGCCUGGUGUGCAUAUGCAGCCGGUUGAUAACAAGGCGAAGUGGGAGCUCGUCAUGGCUGGUCGCUCAGAGGGUUGGAAUUGGAAGAUGAAGGAUGGGAGUGGAAGGCUUGCUGCGCUGAAGGAUCUACAGGAUACGAUUGAGAGACAGGGUGUUAUGCGGAAGUUGUGGGGUCAGUGGGAGGGUAGUAGCGUGCUAGACGUUGCCCAGAGAUAG